AUGGCCACCACCCGCCCAGCCUUCCCUGUUGGCUACUCGUCGGCUUAUGCUUCUGGAUACCAGGACGGCCAAUACGUGUUGAUACUUCAAGGCAAUCUAAGCACAUCCGUCCGACCACUGUUCAUGAGAGGAGACGAGAUAUGUGAAGUACAACCGGAUGACCAAGGCCGCUGGAACGACGCAGAAUGGACGCUGCUACCCCAGCUGUAUGAUCCGGAAUCCCCUUGGCUUUCUUGCAUUCCGAUCCGGAUAGACAGAGGGCACAUCUCUUGCUCGCUCGUUACGCAAGACAUGUUGAAAGACCGCGAGCAUCACCCUGGCUUGCCGGACGUCUUGGACACGGUGGAAGAGGUGUUGAAGGAGCUGAAAGACUACGUGGGGAGAACACUGGGGGAAGUCAAGAGCAUGACCGGAGAGCUAAAGAGAAAGUCAAGCUGGUUCGAGCGCGAGAAGAUUGUCUGGCCAGACGAACGCACCGUCCUCGAGUUAGAAGGGUUCUUGUUGUGGGGCAAGGCGAUACUAGGACACGAGGACAACGACGCCGAGUACAGGCAUCGAGGGGUCUACCUACACGGUUCUAAAGCAGACUGGAUGGCCCCCGACUCCGAGCUCAGGCAGCGCCACUCUGCGCUCAUGAGCUUGCCAUGUCCCGUGUACUGCAUAGUCGCAGAAGAGGACUGGACGAUUGCCCGCAGCGACAAAGCCAUACCUGAGAGCGGCGACCCAUCCACAAGCACGCCUUACAACAGAAAGGGGCGACAGGGCGCUGCAAAGACCAAGAUUCACGACAUCGCGGCAGCCGAUCCACGAUGGAUACAGACGGCUAGUUCCAAAGACCCGCCCAAUUACAUGUCGUUCUUUCAACCGUCCGACGUAUUCCGAAGCGGACUGACACCCGACGUACUGCGCACACAACCUUCAGCGACAGGCAUACUCCUUCCUCCGCCUGCUAUGAUCUGGGGUGCGAACGACGAGCGUCGCCCCAGAAUGCUUGAGACGGCCGCCCUUAUCUCCAAGCUACUCGUGAUCCGCCCCGUCCUGGUGGCCGCCAACUUCUUGACAGCCAAAGACGCCUACCUUAAGAGCCAGAACUGGCGCGACAUUCUCGUACGGCAAGGAUGCGGCGACCCUUUCAGCCGCAUAUGGCCAACCGGAGACAGGCGCUUAUGGGGAUCAAUGAACGAAGACGUGUCAGAUCGCGCAAGGAAGGGUAAAAAAGAGGGCACACUUCGGACCAUGAGUUGUGCUAUCGGAUGCUCUCCAGUUGGCGCCUUUCAAGGCAAUAUGGACGGUGACAACAAACUGGAGCAAUACGUGCUGUUCCAGCUGGCAGAGCUACAUGUACUGCACGACUUCGCCUCGUAUCACCCAGAUCUCCAGAUCAGUGUCGACGGACGCUGGUGUCCACCACCUUUCGAUGCCGAAGAGAUAAUCAACGACUCCGACGAAGGUGGCUUCUCUGGUAUUCCUUACACCACCACGAGCGCAACCAGAGACGCGAUGCAAGAGAUUCUGGCAGUAGUACGUUGGAACGGCAAGGCGGGCAGACGCGGAUGGGAGAGCACAGAACAACCGGCGUGGGGGACUUGGGUGAAUGCGCUGAGGGAUCUGAUCAACAAGAACACAUCGGCGUGGGAGGAUAACUUAAGAUAUGAUGCCUUCCACAGGUCAAACGCACAGUACGACAUGCGUACGCAUGACUUCAGAUCCGAUGCUAUCGGAUCUACUGUCUCAACAGCUGCUAUCAACGUUCUAACGUACACACACAUGUUACUGUGCUUGCGAAGCGGGAGAGUACCAUCGCGAUGGUACAACGCCCCGGCGUUGACGACUUUGGAGUGUGAAACCUGUCUGAGGGUAUUCGGGGACGACGAUUGA